AUGGUCUACACACUGGGUCAUCAGGUCUCUUCUUUUAAUCAGAUCACCUUCAUCAUGGUUCCAGCUUUUCUCUUCUUCCUCUUCCUCUCAGUGACAAAUGUCUUACUGACCACACCAGUUGACGAUGAAGAUGAAUCUGCGGAAAUGCCGAUGCUGCUUGAUGACAUUGCUGUACCUGAUAUAUGGACCAGGAAUGCAGACCCAUGCACUGCCAGGGGCUGCAAGUGGCCCAAAUCUGGACGCUUUGUCUACGUGCCCUACGAGAUCUCCUCUGCCUACUGCAAAAGUGAACGGAACCGCAUUGUUAAGGGCCUAAAGAGCUUCCAUAAGCGCACUUGCAUUCGCUUUGUGCCACGAAGAUCAUGUCAUCGUGAUUACAUCCAUUUCUUUUCAGGCGAUGGGUGUUGGUCCUACAUCGGACGUCAGAAUGGAGGACAGAGAAUCUCCCUGAAGAGACAUGGCUGUUUGAGUCUUUCCACAAUACAACACGAGGUACUUCACGCCCUGGGCUUCAACCACGAACAGGUCCGCUCUGACAGAGACAGAUAUGUUCGGAUUCUCUUCAAUAACAUCGAGCCAGGAAAGGAGCACAACUUUGAUAAGAAGAAAACUAACAACUUGGGGACUCCGUAUGACUUCAACUCUGUCAUGGAAUACUCCAACACUGCUUUUUCUAAAAAUGGCAAACCAACCAUCGUUGCCAAGUGCAACCCAAAGCUGAAGUUUGGAUAUGCCCAAAAAAUGAGCGUCAAUGACAUCGCCCGCAUCAACAGGCUUUAUAAGUGCUGUUGAACUCCACGGUUUGAAGAGGCCGGCUUCCAGACAGACUGCAACUGCCCAGAACUUGAAACUAAAAACCAAAUCUCAGAAAAACUAAUUGGGAAGCAGCAGAGAAUAAGUUCAUAUUGUUAUUUUCUUUAAAUUAAGGGGGGAUGUUACUGUCUGUAUUGCAUGUUUUUCAUUUGAGGCCUCCCUUUGUACUACUAUCCACCGAGAAAUAAACUGCAAGCAUCCAUAGUCACAUUUUUUUUUUUGGUUUUUGCUUUGGCAUUUAGAGACUAUAGUUGAAUAUGGAAAACAACAGCUGGGCAAAGCUAACAAAAACAUUAUUUCUGCUUUGCAAUGAACAUUAUUUGCACAAUAAUGUGCCUAAUAAAGAAGCAUAUUGCAAAGAAUUUUUAUUUGUGGACAAAUAGUUUUCUUGGAUCAUUGCUUUAAAGGGAUAGAAACUUUCUUAACCAUCCCUACAGC